AUGAACAGUAUGAAAGGUUCUUCAUUUGUUUUACCGAAUAACGUAGUACCUCCGAGAAUAUACAAUGAAAUUAACACAAAUAACCUGGAUAAUGCAGACAUAUAUGAAUACUGUAACAAUAAAUUAAAUGCAUCUUAUUUGUCUACGGUGAGCUCUCAUCCUCCGCUGUACAGAGAAAAAGUAUUUUAUAAACCAAGUAUAAUAAAAGGGGCAGCAACAAUUCAAACUUAUAAUCCUCCAGAUGCACAACGAAGAAAACUAAGUUGUUUAAAUUCGUUUCCUUGCUUAAGGGGGAAUUUUAGAUCGAAUAAUCCGAUGAAUUCAAGGCAUGCCAUUAAGGCUAAUAAUAACGAUUUACAAGGAAGGAUUAGCAAAGGGGCAUGCUUUUUAAAUAAUAAUAAUAAUAAUAGUACCAAUAGUAAUAAUAAUAAUAGUAAUAAUAAUAAACCAACUGUUAUGUCAAAUGGCUUUGAAAAAAAUGUAUACGAUGAAAGAUUUGUAAUUCCUGUUUCAAUCGAUUCGCAUGUACGUAGCAUUGCACCUUAUGUACAGUCUAACACACGAGAAAACUAUGCCAACUUUCAUAAUGAAAAAAUGAAAGAAAUGGUGAAAAACAAAAUAUACAAUAAUGAACCGUUUAAAAAACGAGUAUCCAAAGAAAAAUUACCUGAACCGAUCAUAAAAAAUAAAAUAAACGAAUUAAUUAGAGAAAAAGAUGAACAAAUUAAAGAAUUAGAAAGGAAUAUAGAAAAGGAAAAACAACAAAACGAAAUAGAGGAUAACGACUUAAUGGAUAACCAAAAAUUAAAGGAAAGGCUUCUAGAUCAGAAAAUAAAAUAUGAAGAAACCCUAAAACAUUUGAAAAAAGUAGAAACCGAGAAAAGAACCCUAAAAUCGAGUUUAAAUGUACGAGAUAAAGUGUUAACAAAAUUAGAAAGUGAGAUAGGUUCAGUAGAUAUGGAAAAUGAUUUCUUACUUAAGUUAAAGGAAAACACAAGUUUGAACGACAUACACAAUAUUUUUAAAUGCCUACAUGGAGGUGUAAAAGGGAUGGGAAUGAAUAGAAGCCAAAUAAAUGAAAAGAAUGAAAAUCAAAUAAAUGGAAAGAAUGAAAAAAAAAUAAAUGUAAAGAACGGAAGAAAGCAAAAAAAUGCAAAAUGGCAGAAAGGUGAAAAGACUGCAGAGUGGUACAAAAGUGAAGAAGUAGAAGAUUUAGAUGAUUCUGAGUUAAGCAAAAAAAAGGAUGACAAGAGCUGGUAUAAGACAAGGAGCACAUGCGAGGAUAUCCUCCUAUCAACAGACGAUAUUACAAACAGUGAAAAAAGGACGUAUAGUAUGAAAGAAAAAAAAAUCUCAAAAAUGAAAACGUCUUCCUUUGAAAGUAGUAGUGAUGUGUAUUCAUUGAAGUCAACCAUUGUUGAACUAGAAAAGGAAAUUUAUGAUUUGAAAGAAGAAAAUAAGAACGUUAAUUUUAAGUAUGAAAAUACAUUUGAAGCAUUAAGUGAACUAAGAAAGGAUACGUUAGAAUAUAUGGAAUCAAUCGUUUCUCGUGAUAUGAGAAUUGCAUAUAUGGAGAGCAUGUUACAAAAAUGUGAAAGAGACUUAACAAAAUUAAGAGAGCAUUUUAGAAAACAACAAAUAAGUGCAAAAGAAAAAAUAGAAAAACUUAUAUCCGAAAUAAAAAUUUUAGAAAAACAGUCUUCACAUUUACAAUCCAUGAUACAAGAAAAAGAUUCGCAAAUUGUUCUAUUAAAAAGUGAAAUAGUACGUAACGAAAUAUUAGUUAAACAAUAUGAGGAAAGAAAUAAAGAAUUACAAAGUGAACUUCGAUUAAUGUGUACCAACUUAGAAAAUGUUAUUGAUGCAUCAAAUAAGAAAGAUUUAUUUAUGAAUGAGCUAGAAAAACAAAUAAGAGAAAAUGAAGUACAUAGACAAAAUGCCUACUUAAAAGAAGUUGCUAAAAAUAGAAAAAUUCAUGCAAAUAUGAAAUUUAAAGAAAUAUUAUAUGACAAGUCAGCAAAGCAUCAAGUAGAUGAGUUACAUAAUUUAAAAAAAGAAUUAUAUUUAAAUAAAAUACAAAUGCAAAAAGCAAAAGAUGCUUUUGAAGUACUCAAAAAUGUUCCAAAGUCGCGUCAUGUAACCAAGUAUAAAGGCGAACAUAAUUCUGUAGAUAUUGAUAAUAGUAUUGUUCAUAAUUUUUCAGAAUACAAAAAUGAAAAAAACACUGUAAAUACAACAUUUGAAGAAAAAGUAUCGACUGAUGUUGGUAUAGAAUAUAAACCCAAAAAUUCGGUAGUUAAGAAAAAAAAAAAAAAAGAAACCAUAACAACUGCGUAG